ACCGCGAUCUAUCCACACUAUACGACAGACAGAAGAGGACGCACUAAGACAACAGCCGAGUGAUGAUACCGGGUUAAAGAUAAAUCAGCCAGAGAUAAAGAGACAAAAGUUGCUCGCCACGAUUAAACUGACACCGCGGUUUUCUUUUCCACUGAACAUCAUCCUCGUCCACGGCUUCAAGUUUCAAAUGGACAGACACUUGGAGACGCCUGGCUCAACAAGCAUGGGAUUAUUUCUGUAAUGUGGAUUGCUACUCCCUUGCAAGAAAAUAAAGAUCUGCUGCGGAACAAUGUGAGACGUUGUGCAUCUUGGAUUCUCGUGUUUCUGGAUAUCUUGAAAAUAAUUGGCAACAGUUGAGACAAAAAGAAGAAGUAGUUAACACGCGAAGGAUUGUAUCCUUGGGACCAGCAUGGAUUUGCUUUUACAACCUCCUGCCCUUUCAGAGAAGUUUUAGCCGGUCCUCUUGUAUAUUGUCGUACUUGUGAACUUCAUGCUUGAGAACAAAAAGCCACAUUUGGCCUGCUGAUUUUAAUUUUUUUCUAAACAAAGAUCGUCUGCCCCCUUGGAUUGGAUUUCAAACACCAUGAACUUUAUUGACAGUUUGACACUAUUAUUUUUGACGCUGUCAGCUGUCAAGAGUGCCCACAUACCGAGGGAAACAGAAAGAGGUCCACAUAACGUGAUCCCUCUGAUGGAGGUGUACAACAAGAGUUUGUGUCAACCUCGGGAGCUUUUGGUGGAAAUUCUGCAGGAGUAUCCAGAUGAGGUGGAGCACAUCUUCAUCCCGUCAUGCGUCGUUUUAACACGCUGUGCCGGCUGCUGCAACGACGAGAUGCUGCAGUGCACGCCGACAUCCACUUAUAACGUUACAAUGGAGAUUAAAAGAAUUAAUCCCAGGAGGCAAAAAAAUGAUAUUUUCAUGAGUUUUACAGAACACAGCGCAUGCGAGUGUAGGUUAAAGAAUGAAGUGACAGAAAAGAAAGAAAAAAAAUCCCGGACAGGCAAGAAUAAAGGCCAAAAGAGAAAACGAAAGAAAAACCCUGAAAAUACAAUUCAUGAUGCUGUUUGUGAGCCGUGUUGUGAUCAGUGCUCAGAGAGGAGAAAGCGUUUGUUUGUACAGGACCCUGCAACCUGCCGGUGCUCCUGCAAACACACAGAUGAAUACUGUAAAGAACGCCAGCUAGAGCUCAACGAGAGGACCUGCAAAUGUGACAAGCCAAGAAGAUGAGAGAAGUGGGGGCACCAGAUGUACAAGAUGAAGGAAUAUAUUAGAGAUACUUCACAGCACGCACUUUUUGACCUUUGAACCGUAAGCUCUUCUUUUCUGUGGAAAGCAUUCCCCAUGGACCGAAACAGAACAAAAAGAAGGACUGAACUGAAAUUUCCUCCCACUGUAUAUCUGUGUGUACAUAGACCACAUUUAAAGAGAGAAAAAAAAGAAUAUACAGAAUUGUUGCUGCUACUGUAAUAACUAAGCCCAUGAUUUGUCUAAAAGCAAAAUAGGAGCUAUGUGGUUUUGCAUUUCUAGCAGGCUUGCAGUGCAGGUGUAGUCUUAUCGUCAGAUCAUUGUGUACAAUUACUUCACUGGAUACGCGUCUACUGUGGUUGUGUUUCAAUCAUAACAUGCGAAACCUCUCAAUCUAAUAUAUAUUUAACUGCUAAAACAGCAGGCAGGACUGAAGAGGACGUGGGUGUCUUUUUUUUUUUUUAAGCAAUGGAUGGACCUUUCUCAGACGACGUUUUGCCUUUUUUCUCCUCGUGAUAUCACUUCCUUCCCUCUGAAGACUUUGCAGCACUGACCUGUGCUUACAUGGGUCACGUCUGUGAUCAGAGGAGACUCUGAAGUGCCACAUACUUUUAAAGGGAUACUGGUCAUCGAUAUAGAGUUUGUAUGUAUUGCUAUGUCCUACAAGAAAACCACUGUAUGAUUGAUUCCAUUUGAAAACUGUGCCUCACGAAAGAGUACUGCUUUUUAAAUUAUUUUGGUUUGCAUUGUUUCAGGAGUCUGUCAACUGUCGACGUAGUUUUCUUCAAUGUUGAACUCAAUACAGAAUCCAGUGAUUAUACAGCUUCUCUAAACCUGUACACAGUUAAUAUCUCUCUCUAAUAGUUCAUUCUAGAUAAUUUAUGUUAUAGAGUAUUUUUCAGUAUUCAGUCUACCCAUAUUUAAUUUGGUCUAUUUAUGUAUGCAGUGUUAUGUACCUGUGGCUGUCCUAUCUCCCCAUGUGUAAGGUCACUGAUGGCUACUCUCGUUUCUACGAAGCAAAAUAAGCAACAACAAAAAAAUCAUAAAUGAUUUUAACAUUC